AUGGUUGGUCUUAGGGAGGGAAGCAUAGGAAGUGUUGAGAUAAGAGUAGUAGACUCUGUGAUAGGUGAAGUGCCUGUGAUUGCUGACUUUCAACUUCAUGGUCUCGCUGCCUUGCAUUUUUCAAAGAAAUCGGCGUUCUUUGAGCUGCAUGUGGAUUUUCUUUCUGCUGGUGGAUGUAGUUCCUCUACAUUCAGCGACGUCGACAACAAUUCAGAACUGAUUAGGGAAGAUAGAGAUAGUUAUGAAACUGAUGGAAAAGAAAUUGUUAAACCUCUUCUGUCUGAUGGGUGGGAGAAUGUUUUUGAUGAUCCUAACAAGCUUUUUCGUGGUGGUGUUGAUGUUGUUCGGUUGGCCUGUCAAAAGUAUUGUUUGAAGACUGGGUAUCGCGUAACAAAGGUGAAGAAUGAUCGUGAAAGAUUCACAAUGAAAUGCAGUAAAGUCCCAUGCACUUGGUUGAUCCAUGCAGUUGCUACUGAUUCUACUUGCGAUGUUUUUAGGAUAAAAAAGUAUGUUGGGAGGCACACUUGUGGAGCUGGUGUGAAGUUGAGAAGUCCUAAAGUAUCGAAGAAGCCGGUACACAACCUUAUUCAUGAUCGUGUGAUGCACAACCCACUUAUCAAGCCUCGCGAAAUUGAAGAUUAUAUAAAAGUUGGUGCUGGUGUUAAUAUCAAAUAUCACCAUGCAUAUCAUGGUUUGGAACGGUCACACCAUGAAAUUUUUGGGAAUGAUGUAAAGUCUUACUCUGAUAUGGUUUGGUGGGUGAAUUCAUUGAAAGAAACAAAUCCUGGCUCUUAUGAGGAUUUUCAGUUUAACGAUGCAACUCAGACAUUUGAAAGGUUAUUCAUUGCAAUAGGCGCUUGUAUUGAAGGUUAUAGACUUUGUCGACCAAUGAUUUUUGUUGAUGCAACUUUUCUGACCGGGAGAUUUAGAGGUACCCUUAUGGCUGCUACUUGUCUGAAUGGGAAUCAAGGUUUUUAUCCGCUAGCCUUUGCAUUGGUCCCAGGAGAGGAUGUUGACAAUUGGGAUUGGUUUAUGUGCAAUCUUAGCAACAUUGUUGAUGACCGUCCUAUCACCUUUAUGUCUGAUCGUCAUGAAGGAUUGUUGAGGGCUAUUCCUAAACACUUUCCUACUUCCCAUCAUGGCUAUUGGUACUACCACUUGCAAGAAAACUUACCAAUCAGGAAAUCGGACGAGAAGUACAAAGAAGUUAUGGCUUGUUUCAAAAAAGCAACUUAUGCUCUCACACCAGCAAGAUAUGAAGAAGCACUAAUGGAAAUGGAGUUAAUGGGAAGGCCUGGGGUUGCUGAGUAUUGCCGCAAUAUGCCUAGGGAACAUUGGUCCAGCGCGUUCUUCACUGGCUGUAAAUUUGGUCAGACUACAUCAAGCGUUGCUGAGUCCUUCAUUAAUUGGAUUCGGAAAGACAAGGUUGCCUGCCUGCGCCCUCGUUGA